UUCGAUGCGACGAAGCAAGAACUAUUUUGGAUCCAGUAGAUUACCUGAUUUUAGUGUCCAAUUGGAUCCUUUGGUUCUUUUGGUUACUGUUUUGUCAAAGUUUUGUUAAAGAAAAUAGAGGUUUAAAAACAGUCAUUAUAUUGUGAUACAUUUCGGUCGUUAUUGUGACGUGUUUUCGUUCUUGUUCAAGGACUGAGCACACUCAACAGACCAUCUGGUAACAGCAUUGGGCAUCAUGACGGAUCAGCAACUUGAUUGUGCUUUGGACUUGAUGCGACGCUUGCCACCCCAACAAGUGGAAAAGAACUUAACGGACUUGAUUGAUUUGGUGCCUAAUCUGUGCGAAGAGCUGCUCUCUUCCGUGGAUCAGCCGCUGAAGAUUGCGAGGGAUAAAACUGUGGGAAAGGAUUACUUGCUAUGUGAUUAUAAUCGCGACGGAGAUUCCUACAGGUCUCCUUGGAGCAACAAAUACGACCCGCCCCUAGAAGAUGGCACUGUACCAUCGGAAAAGCUUCGCAAACUGGAGAUUGAAGCCAAUAGUGCCUUCGAUCAGUACCGUGACAUGUAUUUCGAAGGGGGUGUCUCGUCUGUAUAUCUGUGGGAUUUGGAACAAGGGUUUGCCGGUGUCAUACUUAUAAAGAAGACUGGAGACGGUUCCAAGAAGAUCAAGGGUUGUUGGGAUUCCAUCCAUGUUGUGGAAGUGCAAGAUAAAUCUGGUGGUCGGAAUGCCCAUUACAAACUGACAUCCACGGCUAUGUUGUGGUUACAGACAGAUAAGCUUGCUUCCGGAACGAUGAAUUUGGGCGGAAGUUUGACCCGACAGGCAGAAAUGGAUUCUCCAGUUAACGAAGCAUCCCCGCAUAUUGCGAACAUUGGAAGAAUGGUCGAGGACAUGGAAAAUAAAAUUCGUAACACUCUGAACGAAAUUUAUUUCGGAAAAACCAAAGAUAUCGUCAAUGGACUCCGAUCUGUCAAGCCACUUCCAGAUCAAAAGCAGCAGCAGCUUUUGAAACAUGAUUUGGCUGAAGCAAUCAAGAAAAGAUCAGAGCGGGCUGAUAAAACAGACCGCUAAUGUUUUUUGACCGUAUUUUAUGGUGAAUCGGAAAAAUUUUGUAUACUAAUGUCAUUUUCUGAUUUUCAUAAGAAAGCACGCGGAUGCCUAAUAGUAAACGUUUUCCAGUUCUGGCCGUGAUGAUUAUAUGUUCACUAAUUUCUGGUUUUAUUGGGUAAUUUUCGAUUUGGUUUCGUGUUUCAUUGUUCGUAGCGCAUUCUGCUAUGGAUUUUUAGUGCAGUUUGGUUAGCCUUUGUGGCGUUAUGCAAUCCCGAUGUUCAAAAUCAGAUAAUUUUCCAUCUGUACGGUACGCAAACCUCUCGCAAAACGGCAAAAAAAAGCGCAGUUAUUUUAUUA